CUUCAUGAUAUAAUUAUACGCGUUUGCUAACUUGAUGUGUUUUCAUAGGAUCAGAAAUUUUAUGUAACAUAAAGAUGUUUGAUAAUUGGAAUUCAUGACAAUGCUUGUUUUCUGGAUUGACAUGACUUUGUUUGACUUAUUAUUAUUUCUAAUCUUCGUUUUGUUUUCUGUGCUAUGGCUUAGAUCAAGAAGACCACCAAGAUACCCUCCAGGGCCGACACCAUUACCUAUCAUUGGAAAUCUGCAUAAUGUAGCCAAGAAGGACUUCAUGCAAGCAAUUAGGGAUCUACGCGAAAAGUAUGGUGAUAUAAUAAGUCUAUCGUUGGGAUCAUACUGGGUAGUUUUUGUGAAUGGCAGUGAAAAUUUGAGAGAGUUAUUUGUAAAAAAUGCGAACGAAACUUCAGACAGACCACCGUUAUUUAUUUUCAAACUUGUUAAAAAUAAAGGAGUAAUAGCUAGUAGUGGUCCUAACUGGAAACAUCAAAGAACUUUUGCACUUUCAAAGUUACGAGACUUUGGUUUUGGGAAGAGGAGUUUUGAAUCUAGUAUACUCGAAGAAAUUGAAAACUUUCUUAAUUUACUAGAAUCUUUCAAAGGAAAGUCUUUUGAUCUCUCGGGUAUAAUUCGUACCAGUUUGUCCAACAAUGUCAUGUCCAUUACCGUUGGACGGCGGUUUGAAUAUGAUGAUCCUAAAUUUAGAUAUUUUGUGAAUCUUCUUGACGAGGUUAAUAAUACAGCAGCACUCUCUGGCGCACUUAAUUUCAUUCCCAUUCUUGAAAAAUUACCUGGAGAUCCGUUUGGAGCCAAACGCAUUUUAGAAGUUGCUAACGACUUUUUCGAUAAUUUUUUCGGCGAAGAACUAAAGGAGCACAGAGAUACUCUGGACGAGAACAACAUUCGAGACUUCAUUGAUGCUUACUUGGUUCAAAUGAAGACAGUAGAGACAAGCAAUGAAUAUUAUACAGAUGAGCAGUUACUGUCUGUAAUAGCUGAUCUAUUUGGUGCCGGCACAGAAACUUCGGCGACAACUAUAGAAUGGGCGUUUGUUUACCUGAUGAAUGAUAUGGACGUACAGAACAAAAUGAGACAAGAAAUCGACGACAUAGUUGGCAAUGGACGUCUCCCCAUAAUGUCGGACAAACAUAAUCUCCCUUACUGUGAAGCUGUCGUAAUUGAGACUUUUAGACUAGGAAAUGUAGUGCCUUUUUCUCUGCCCCAUAAUGUAUCUGAAGAUAUAUAUUUUAAAGGAUACAUGAUACCGAAAAACGCAGUUAUUAUGCCAUGUCUUGAUUCUGUUGCUCAUGAUGAAAACUUAUUUCCAGACAGCCAGUCUUUUAAGCCUGAUAGGUUUCUUGAUGAAAAUGGGAAGAUAUGUGGACAGGACAAGAUAUUAUCGUUUUCCUUAGGUAGAAGAGUCUGCUUAGGAGAAUCCCUUGCCAGAAUGGAAGUGUUUCUAUACCUUACAGCUUUGGUUCAGAGGUUUGAAAUUCUACCACCAGAAGGGGAAAGUCCACCACCAGUCAAAGGACAAUUGGGUGUUACAUAUUCUCCUGGUAGUUUCAAAUUAAGAGCAAUUUCUCGGACAUGAACUCCGAUAACUAUUAUUGAUGGAAUUAUGUAUAUCAUUCACCAUUGUAACGAAAUACAUAAAAUAAUGCAUGAUGGUCUUGAAGUAUAGAUUCACGGUACUGACAUUGUUUAGCAUCUUAAUUACGUGUUAUAGUCUAUAUGCUAUUUUCUUUUUCUUUGUUGACAUAUUUGUUUGUUUUAUACCCGGCAUAGAUUACCUUAGCCGUAUUUGGCAUAACUUUUUGGAAAUUUUGGGUCCUCAAUGCUCUUCAAUUUUGUACUUCUUUUGCUUUAUAACUAUUUUGAUCUGAGCGUCACUGAUGAGUCUUAUGUAGACGAAACGAUCGUCUGGCGUAUUAAAUUAUAAGCCUGGUACCUUUGAUAACUAUUUAUAGUGAUUAAGAUUAUAACACAAUGUUUAUUGCUUUACCCCUAUUUUUGACAUUUUUACCUAUUAUGUCUGUUUGUUUUGUUCACAUAUUGUUGUCAAUAUAAUGGAAUUUUAUGCGACUUUCA